AUGUUUAACUCGCCGAGAGGGGGUCAGAGAUACGCAGGCAUCUCACCCAGUGGCCUAGGUGGUAGCUUUGUCGACGACAACCCGUUAGCAAACUCCGUCUAUGACGACGGGCUCGAUCCUUGGAGUGCUGCGCCCAGUCCCUCAGCAACACCGGCUCCCCAGAACAACUCUGUGUUCAAUGCAGUAAUUGCGGACGCCUCGGUACCUUCGAUUUACCACCGCGCCUUUGCGGCAGUUGACCAGGCCAACCUCGGGGAAGCCUCUGUGAAUGCGCUUUCAAGAGUUUUGGCGACCUCUUCGUUGCCAGCAGCUACGAUUGACAAGGCAAGCUCGAUCGUGAACCUGGUUAGCACAAAGCCUCGCGUUUCUAAACUCGAGUUCUUCGUUGCGCUUGCGCUGGUAGCUUUGGCCCAACAAGGGAAAGACGUCAGCAUCGAACAAGUCGCAGCUCUAUCUUCGCAGAACACGCUUCCCGAGCCGUCACUCGAUCUCGACCGACUCCAAGCUUCAACGUCAGCCUUCAUGCCUCCCUCCUACAAACCCACCCCGCCACCACCGAUGCGCGGGUUCACUGUCGAUCCAUGGGGCGGCGGACGAUAUUCCGCGCUGCCACCUUCUGCGACUUACAAUCAGAGCGUCGGAGCCGGCCCUGCUCCUCCUCUGUCAACUACGACUUCCAGCGUUGCUGGGACUGGUCUUCCGGACUUCUGGUGGCAGAGGCAAGAGAAAGUCCGAGUUACUCUAUUGGGACAUCAAGGGUUUAUUCUGAAUAGAUAUGUGGUGUAUGAGAUCGUCUCUGAGAGAGAUGAACGACCAGUUAUUAGACGUUAUUCGGAGUUUGCGUUCUUGUGGGAUGUAUUGGUUCGACGUUAUCCGUUCAGGCUUUUCCCCGCUUUACCACCUAAACGUAUAGGAGCCGAUGAACAAUUUUUGGAACAGCGACGGAAAGGCCUCUCGAGAUUCCUCAACUACAUUGUGAACCAUCCGAUCAUCAAGGACGACGGCGUCUUGAAUGCUUUCCUUACGGAACCAUCGUUCGAGACGUGGAGGAAGAGCUCGCCUAUAUCUUUGGAGGAAGAGUCAGCGUCGAAGAAGGUGGACAAGGUGGAGGAGAUGUCCAUUCCUAGCGACUUCGACGAGAAAAUCGCGUCAAUACGAAACCGGUUGAAUCCACUCAUCGACCACUGGCAUAGAAUUUGUAUCCUUGCCGAGAGAAUCGCCAGAAGACAGGAAGCCGCUGCGGUACGAUUGCCUCCAGCUUUCCGCAAACCGUUCCUGCCGACUCACUCUACCUUAUCGUCACCAACGUCGUCCGUCGCAUCUCUUCCCGGGUCUCCGAUAUCACCUAUCUCUACAACCAUGGCCCAAUCUCUUCACGAAUCACUCUUUGGUCUGCAACCUCUACCUGAAAUUACGCAACCGCAGGGAGAUUUGGCGAGGUUGACGAAUACGUUGCGGGCAGUGACGGAGGUUAUCGAUCCUUGUUGGAGAGGGGAUGAUUGUGAAUUGUCGACCGGGGUGAGGGCCGGUCUCAGCCAAGUCGCCGACCAUACGCAGCGGCAUUCAGAGCUUUCCGAGACCAGGACGAGAGCCUUUCUGGAUACUACGUUGGAGGACUUGAAGUCUCAACGCGACCUAUACCUUGCGACGCGUGAUCUCUUCAUUCGACAUGACCGUCUCUCCGUGGAUCAAGUUGACCGCUUGAAGAAGCGUGUCGAGACCAACGGUUCCAAACUGGAAGGGGUCCGCGUUGCACAGAAGGAUGGAUGGGAGGAGGAAGCAGAGCGCCUCACUGCUCUGAUCGAGCGUGACCAAGCGACGAUCGCCGCCCAGCUGAGCCGACGAGUGUUUAUUCGCGUCUGUUUAUGGCAUGAGCUGAGGGUUAUGCUUCACAAUCGCGAGAACACGCUUAUGACCCAGGCUGUUCACAACUUUGCAAGCGGAGAGCGACACUAUGCUGAGAAUGUUGCCAAUAUAUGGCAGUCUCUCGAAGAGCAGACUGAGGGAAUGCCUUACGAAUAA